ACUUACAUAUGCAGUCUUCCGAUCUUGCCAAUACUCGUCUACUGCUCACUAUUAGAUGGCACGCAUACCUUCGAACGUUGCCUUAUGCUGUGUUCCAUUGGUUAGGUACCUGUCAUAUGGAUAGACCUAGGUUAGGGAACUGACCUAUCUUAGGAUUCAAAGUCGGCAUUAUCUUGAAUAUCACAUUGCGAUAUCCAAUUAAUAGCCCAUCGCCUUCGCAAUGUUACACGACGUUCUGCAGGUUUUAGGUAGUUAGUUCAAUUGUCGACAACACCCACGGCUUGCUACAGAACCCCGCAGCAGCCAGAGCCUUGCGUACAAACGAGGUCUCCCACCUCACUCUUCAAUAUCAAAAUACUACUCCAUCCUUUAAGUGCUCUUCAAAUUCUCUCAGGUGAUUGUUUAUUUUUAGAUGAAAAUAUCUUAUCCAAGUAUUGAAAAUGGCAAGCGUUCCAUACGAAAUUAUUGCCGCUUCGAAGCCGUUCCGCUUCCUCGUUGGCCCGGACGAGAAAGAAUUCUUUAUGCAUUCCGAGCUGGUCGCGCGGAUGUCUAAGCCCCUGUGGACUUUGGUCAACGGCGAAUGGAAGGAAGGCAAUGAGAGAUACACGGAAUGGCCCGACAUCGACGAGGGAACGUUUGUCCGGUUCUGCGAGUUUGCGUACACGGGGAAUUAUAAGGCUGCAGAACCGUUCGAAGAUACGCCCACGCCACUGAACGAGAAAGAGAGCGGCGAAGCUACAUCUCCCACGCCGAGACUAGUGCCCAACAGGAAACAAAUAUUUAAAAAAGCCGAGCUCGUCAUGAAAGAACCACUGCUAGUGCCCAACAGGAGACAAAUGUUUAAAAAAGCCGAGCUCGUCAUGAAAGAACCACUGCCACUGCCGUCAAAGAAGGACAUCAUAUGGCGUGAGUUUCAGGGGGAAAUUAAUGAUGGGCCGGAUGGGAGAGUGGAGGAAACUUCAAAUACAGUCCCCUCGGCAAACUACUCCGAGGUUCUCCUCUCACACGCACGUCUGUACGCCUUUGCAGAUUGCUACGAUAUCGAUACGCUCAUGGAGCUCAGCAUUCGCAAAUUACACCGGACACUAAAAGUGUUCAACCUCCACAAGGGAGCGAGAGUGACCGACAUAGCCCAGCUCAUCGACUACUCAUACAGGAACACGGUGAAUAAAGGGGACAACCAUGACAAGCUGAGGAACCUACUUGCGACCUAUACGGCAUGUAAUAUCGAGGAGAUGUGGCCGAACGUCUAUUUCCAGGAUAUUCUAGAGUCGGCUGAUGUUUCGAAGGCUAUCAUCGGAAAGCUACUCAAGAGGUUAAGUUAGUCACACUCAAGGUAGGAGGUUUAUGGAUCGGUAAUGCUUAUACCGGGUCACUCACUAUUCAAUACCAUCAUGAGCAGUGAUCGAAAAGGUAGAUAGGAGGAAUUGAUACAUAGCCUUCAUGAACACUUUCAAGGUACUGAACUUAGUAAAGCUCCGUGAAAAUGUAGGAUAUGUAUAUCAUGUAGUAUCUUUAC